GCGGGACACAGCAGACCGGGUCUGACCGGCGACGAUGGCUGACGCAUAUUCGUACCCGGUGAUCGUCGAUAUUGGAGAAAACAAAGUACCGAGGCUGAAAAUCAAACUAGUAAAGUAUUUUCAGAGUAAGAAAUCCAACGGUGGCGACUGUGAAGUCGACUACGAGAAUGGCAGCGAGACCGCGGUGUUGCGUUUCCGGAAUCAGAAGGGUAAGUUCGGGUGUCCUCUAAGUCGAUUAUUCGAGUAUAACUUUGCUGUUUAAGAAGUUGACUAACUUUUUGGUGGGUUUUCAUUUUUUUUUUUAGACCAGCAAAAUGUUCUGGCGAAAGAGGUUCAUGAGAUCCGUUUGGAUAAAGGCGUGUUGAGGAUGACUGUUCGCCUACCUCCAGACCAAACAACAAAGCAAGUCAGUGGAUAAAAAUACACCAGUCCCCUUUACAUAUUAAGGGGGUUUCAGAUCUCAGACACAUAUAAUUUGGCUGACUGGGAACCGUUCCAAACCAGCUGAUUUUAAGGGCGUUGUGCCAUAAGAAACUUGUUACAUAAAAUGUCAUAAAAGUUAUUAAAAAGUGACAAGAAUGCACUUUUCUCCCCAUUUUCUGCAGGAAGUUCCACCAGAUCAGGUUAAAGACAAAGGUAAGCGCAAACCAAAACAAAUAUAUUCUGCUAUUUACAGGAAAAUGUGGAGAUAAGUUGGCAUUCAUUAACAAGCCACAAGUCACUGCUAGUGUGUCACCACACAGACCUAAAAGAGCACACUUUUUCUUGUAGUUUUGUGUACUGGAGACAGGGGCAGAUCCAGACUUUCAUGUCUGAGGUGGCCCGGGCAAUGAGGCACAGAUUUAUGCAGGGGUGGCAUGAAGUAUGUGAACUUCUGUCUACUUUUAGGGGUGGGCAACAUGACCUAAAAUCCUUUUUUUUCUCUGGAUAGUGUUGUAUUGUGGUAUUGCAGAAUUACAGGAAAUCAAACACAUAAACAUACGAUUGCUCAAUGACAUCACCUCUACCCCUUUAACAAGACUGUGCUGUGAAAUUCAAAUCAUGUUUGUAACUGAGGUAGGGAUGGCCAGGGUAUGUGUGCAUACCUGUCUGUCUUCACUAUCCGCUUCAAGAAUAGUAAUUUUAGUGUCACAGAUAUUAUAUCCCUGUCUAUAAAGUGACUAUUAUCAUUUAUUAAAGGUAAAUUUACAUUGAAUUUCAAGUGUAUUAAUGUAGGUUUUUGAAUUAAACUUCAGUGGAAUUGACAAUUAAAGCUCCUGUGAAAGCUCCUCCUUCAGUUUGUGUCAGCUUUGGUGCCCUCCAGUGGACAAAGCAGUCAUUGCUUAUCUUGUCUCCUACAUGCUGAAGUAGUGUCUCCAGACAGAAAAGAUUUCAAGUUGCCAAUUCAAGACAGUCAUACUUAUCAUUUUUGUGAUGAUUUAUUGUUGAAAAUGUAAAAAAAAGGGUUUUCUUUGACAGCUUCACUGACACCUACCCUCUUGCACCAGCCUCAGGCUCUAAAAUGGCUAGAAAAAAAUCCUUAACCUUGUUGCUGCUUAACCUGUUUUUCUGUGUCUGUGUAUCAUAAAAAGGCAGUGUUAUCAAUUUGAGUCUAUUUCACAAAAGACAAGAAAGUCAUCUCAGGAGCUUUAAGUGAAAUGUUUAGGAGAAUGAUGAGUAUCUGUAGCCAUGGUAGCACUACCCACCAUGUAUCUAGAAUAACUAUUUUUAAUAUGUUACAUUCAUAAUCUUGAAUCAAUACAGUUGUAUUUAAAUCAAUGUUCAGUGUCAAUAUCUUCAGGUUUUCAGUCAAUUAACAGUUAAAAAACAACUGUACGUUCUAGUUUCUUGCUUACUUCACUCAUAGUCCAAGCUGUAGCUCAAAGGAAUAUGAUAUUCUGCUCCACCUACAUGAAGGGUUGAGUAUGUUUUCUUGAUCACAUGUUCAGGCUAACAGCUUUUUUAAACCCUGGAGUUCCCCCAGAAAUACUUGUCAUAAGCACAAGUUACUUUCACUUUUCCAUUCUCCCAGCACAUUGGUUCAUUGCCCUCUUUUCUUUCCUCAUUUUGCUCUGUCUCUGCUUUUCCCAGCGCAGUAUCUGUAUCUAUCAUGUAAACACCAAUAACAUGAAACUAAGUUGUACCAGUUUAACAGUUUCAAGCUUGUUUUUAGUCACAGUGGUUAUAUCUGGAAUGGCAACUACAUCUGUGUUGCUCACACCUUGUCAUAAAAAGGGGCAAAAGGACAUGCAAUAGCCCUGUGUUCUGAUAAAUGUUGAUAGCUUAACACUAUUUUUGAGGGCAGAGUAUGAUUUUAUUAUCAGAUUAGUGCAGGUAUGCUCUAUAUCCAGUUCUGCGUGUGUUAUAUAAGACACGGGUGUGUAAGGAAUCUGACCAGACAGAGGAAGUACAAGUCAUUUUCUAUGAGUCUGUGGACAGUUCUUUGAAACUCUCUUUCAAAAUAAGGUUUUAUUCAGAGUUUGUUAUAAUUUAGUGUUAAAUCUUGUGUUCACCUGAUAUUAACAUGUGCCCUGAUACAUCAGACCACACCUUUGUGUAGCAGUUGACCAACGUAGGUUUUUCAAUGUUUUAUACUGAUGUUGAUAUUUGCAGAGCAGGGCUGCUGAGCUGGUCUCACUUUUUUCUGAAAUGUCUCUUCAGCCUCUUAACAUUCAUGUCUUAUCAACAACAGAUGCUGCUGAAAAUGAACAACCUGAGCCGGCAGCCAGAGUUCAGAUUGAGGUCAAAAGUGGAGAUGAUGAGGCCGAAGAAGAUGUGGAAGACGAGGUCUGCUCCACUGUGGCUGUUAUAGAGAAGUUACCAGAGUCUAUACAGCAGGAGUAUUUGGAGAUGCUGGUGGAAAAUGUUUUGAAGGACUCAGAGUUUCAAGUCAACUCGGAGAGUUACACUUUGGAGAUUAUUCCCAGCCUCUCCUGUGCUUUGGUGACCUUCCAGAGUGGAAAAGGUGCAGAUUUUCGAAAAUACUGACUGUCUCUUACUUUGUUUUGACGAAAGGACUCUGAAAGUUGUUUAUUCCUUUCAAAUCUGACUCAAUAAUUUACCGUUUCUCUCUCUUUCACAGUAAAUAAUGAUUUUGUGAUGAGAUGUCCUCAAAACAGAAACUUCAUAAAGAAGGGAUAUACAGCUCGGCCUCUUGAAGCCACAAAAAAAGUCUUGGUUGAUGACGUGAAAAAUAUCAGUGAAGAUUUCCUGCGUCUUCAUUUUGAGAAUCAAGGUGGAGAAGUUGAAAAUGUUGAGCUUAAAGAAGUGGAGCAGUCUGCCAUCAUUACAUUCAGUGAUCCGAAAGGUAAAGCAUCUAUGAUACUUGUUAAAUAUACCUAUGUGGAUAUUAAAUAAACAUUGUACUAGAUUUGAAUUAAAGCUGCCAUUUCUGUUUUUAACAUGUGAUUUCUUUAAUCAUAGUCAUUGAAAAAAUCUUAAAGAAAGAGCAUCACAUCGGACAGGAAGAGAUCAGAGUUUAUCCUUUCUACGAGUCACUAGGAAUAGCCCUCUAUGGCAAAGACUCGCCUUCACUCAAACUCCCUCCAGCUGUCACUGAACCCAUUGAUGAAGCUCUCUGGAGAUACCUGAGUGACCAUCAGCCAGCAGUAGAGACUAUUCAAAAGUGCUUAGCUGAACACUUUUGCAGUGUCAUUCUCCGCCGAUCGGCUGUAUUCUUGAGCCCUGUUCCUUCGCUGCUACAAGAAAAGGAUGCCAAAGACAAACUCACAAAGUGGAAGGAAACCGUGAAGUCAGCUUUAGCACAAGCUUUGUCACACUUCAAAUUUCUGAAACUUCGGCCAGAACCAACAAAAUGGGAAGAGUCCGAGGGGAAGAUCAGAGCGACACUGCGGGAGGAGGAUGUCACUGUGGUGUCUGAUAAAGCCAGUGGGGUCAUAUCAGUGGUUGGCCUUAUGACUGACAUCAACAGACUUGAGCAAACUCUUAGAGAAGUCAUCAACGUGAUUUUCAAAAGGGUACAGAGAGAGAGAUUUAGUGUAACCCAGAAGAUCAGAGUGGCCCCAUCGAUUUACCACAUCCUGUGUCAAGAUGGUCUUGAGGACAAACUGCUUUCUGUGUACCCAGAAUUGAAAAUGACAUUCAGAAAAGAGAGUGGAGAAUUAGUAGUAAGUGGCUUAAAUGAUGAGAUUUUAACAGCAAGCAAAGUCGUGUGUGAAGCAUCAGUUGCAUUAAAACGACAAAAUUUGCAAAUAGAUCAGCCUGUUCUUGACUUCUUAAAGCAGGAAGAACCUGAGAAACUUACGGACACCCUCCUCACAUCCAAAAAAAUAAACGCGGCAUUUGAGAUUACUGCAAACCAGGUUCAGCUGCUAGCCGUUACUGACAGAGGUUUAACUGAGGCUGAAGGUCAUCUGAAAAAGCUGCUGGUAUCUCUAAACAUAAAAGCCGAAGACAGUAAUGUCCUGAAGACGCCAGGUUGGAAGGACUUGGUGAGCAGAUUGGAGAAUGCCAACAACAAGCCACUGAGGACGGUUCGAGUACACACCACUGAUAAGGAAAUUAUAGUGUCUGGGUACAAAGACAGAGUGGAAAGAGUUGGGACAGAACUAAAAGACUUCUUGACGCAGUAUGCUGAAGUUGAAGAAACCGUUCCCAUCAAGCACAAUGCCAUAGUUGACUAUAUUGAAAAAGCUGAUCCAUCCUGGUUGGGCAAAGUGGGUGACAAAGUGAGGGUUCAAUACAAGAAGGGGGGCAUCUGUUUGAGUGGGUGUAGAAUCCAUGUCACUGAAUGCAAGACCUUGGUCAACAAGCAUGUGUCCUCUUUGGUCUAUGAGCUAUUCAAAGUCUCCAAAUCUGGAGCGAAGUCCUUCUUCCAGGACAAAGAAGCCAUGUAUAUGUCUGUCAUCUUCUCUCACACUGGCUGCCUGGCCCAGCUGGCUGAUGGGACAAGUGAUGAACAGGAUGACCUCAGUCAAUUUCCCACCCCUGUUUAUCUCCUGCAGACAGCUGAUGGAGUUGAAAUAGCUGUUUGCAAGGGAGACAUGUGCAGAUACCCAGUGGAUGCAGUAGUCAGUUCUUCUAACCAGAGUUUGAAGCUUGAUGGAGGUCUUUCUGCAGCUCUCCUGAAGGCUGCUGGUCCUCAGUUGCAGGUGGAAUGUGACAAACUGAUUCAAUCAAAUGGGCAGCUCAAACCAGGAGACAGUGUCAUCACAAACGCAGGGGGGCAGCUGUCCUGUAAAAAAAUCAUCCACGCAGUGGGACCCACAUUUGACUCAGCGAAUCCAUCGAAGGCUCGGGCACAGUUGAGAAAAGCCAUCAAAGGGAGUUUAGAGCUAGCAGAAAAGUACAGGUGCGUCUCUGUGGCUAUCCCUACCGUAAGUAGAAACCAAGGCUUUCCUCCCAACUUGUGUGCAGAAAUGAUUGUCACAGCAGUGAAGGAGUACUGUGAUGAAAAAUACGAUGGUAUUACCCUGAAGAGGAUCCACUUUGUCAACAAUGAUGAUCAUCCUGUUCAGCUGAUGGAGUCAGCUGCCAAACAGGUGUUUGGAAGCAAUGGUGUCAGUCAGUCUCAGCAAACAACCUCUACCAAACCACCCGUACCUGUGAAACCUGCUCAUUUCGAUUCGAAUCACCUUUUCCAAGUACAGACCAAAGAAGGUGUGGACAUAUCUGUUUUGAAAGGAAACAUUGAGAACUCCACGGUAAUUAUUAUUCACUAAUUGCAGAGAAUAUAUGAUUAGAUAUCCUUACAGAUUAAUCCAAUUCAUAAUGGUCCCAUGAGGCUUAAUUGUUUUCAUUCCAGCUGGGCAUUGGUACAACUUUUUUGUGUUCUCAUUUUCAGACGGACGUAAUCGUCAACACUGCGUCCAAAGAUCUUAAUCUAGCCACCGGGGCAGUUUCAAAUGCAAUCUUCCGUGCGGCUGGACAAAACCUUCAGCAGUUGGUUAGGGCAAAUAAUCAGAAUGCAAAUAUCGGUGAUGUCAUCGCUACAGAAGGCUGCAACCUAAAGUGCAAAGAAGUUUUUCAUGCAGUUGCACCUCACUGGAACAAUGGCCAAGGCUCAUCUGACAAGGUAAAGCCUUACAUGAUCUGAAAAUGUGUAAUUUAUAAACUGGGAUCGAUGCAGAGGCUUGUGCUCGGAUGCAGAAGCAGUGCAAACAUUGAGUACUUUACCUUCAAAGAUUCAAAACAUUUAUUCCUUGCCUUCCAGAUCUUGAAAGGGAUUUUCACUGAAUGCCUGGGAAAAGCAGAAAACAAUGGUCACACCUCCAUAUCCCUCUCAGCUAUUGGCACUGGAAACCUGGGCUUCUCAAAAGACCAUGUAGCCUCGUCGCUGUUGAAAGAAAUCUCAGAGUUCAGUAGCAAGAAAAAACCUAAGCAUCUGAAGAAAGUCGUGAUCAUCCUUUACCCAGGAGACAGUCAGACUAUUCAGGUAAGACAAGAAAUUAAACAGCAAAAGUCGCUUUGCGUUACAAUCAAGAUUCUAUGGUGUCACUUGUGAUUACUGGUGGGAAAGUUAGCUUUGGUUGAACACUGACAGUCCUGGAAUCUAGGGAUCAUUAAAUACUAUGUUGACAGUAGGAGUAAGUAAAGUAUGUGUUUCUUUUGCUUGUCUGUAAUAUUUGAGCGUUUUAUAUCAGAUAUUUCUGUAAAUCUGUCUGUAGGCUUUUACUGAUGAAUUCAAGAAGCAGUUCCCUAAUGCGACGGGUGGUGAUGGGUCAUCAAGUGCCGCACAAAGAGCAGGUGCACACAGUGGUCGAAGUUUAACAUCAUUAUGGUUUCAAAGAUUAAAAACCGUGCUUUAAAGUCUUUAUGUCAUUUGUCUCCAGGCCCUUUCUCCAAAGUUGUCUCGGGUUCAGGAAUACAUGAGACCAAAAUGGGAAAUGUGGCAGUACAAGUUGUUACAGGAGACAUAACCAAGGAGUCCAGUGAAGUCAUCGUCAACUCCAGUAACAAUGAUUUCUCUCUGAAGACAGGUAAAUAUCCAGAGGGUUUCUGAUGUCUUCAGCUCUAAUGUGUAAUGGAUAGUACCUGAUAUACUGUUGGAAUCCCACUUGAACUCCACUCUGUAAUUAUUUACUUAUUCAUAAUAAUUACUUCACUUCUGUAUAUUUUUUUUCACAGGGGUGUCAAAGGCUAUCCUGGAAGCAGCGGGUCUGACUGUUGAGACAGAAUGCAAGACUCUAAGUAAGGAGGCACCUACACCCAAGAGUUGAUUCUAAGCCAAAUAUACCAAUUCAAGCCAAAGUUCAGAUUUGUGUAAUUUCAAUACUCAUAUGCACACCCAAGGUCAAAGUUCAGAUCCACUGUCUUUACAUUUAGGUAACCAGCCCCACCAAGGCAUGAUAUUGACCCUGCCAGGUAACAUGAAGUGCAAAAAGAUCCUUCACAUCAUUGGACAAACCGACCCAGUUCAAAUCAACAUGGCUGUGAACAAUGCACUCCAGCUAUGCCAGCAAAACCAGUUUACUUCCAUCUCAUUUCCUGCAAUUGGCACAGGUGAGUUUUAAUAGUAAAGAGAGAACUGUGCACAUUUAUUGAGUAUAGCUUUGACUUUUGUCCUGGAAGCCACUGUAUGUGUUCACGAAUAAAAAUCUGAAAUCUGCCAAAAAGCAGACUUAUGGUUGUCAAUAUUUUAGUGGCUCUGAUAUUUUAGUAGGUACUACUGAAAUCUAGACCUGCUCUAGGCUAGUCACUGCCGUGGUGUCCAUUAAAAAAAAAAAAAAAAAACAUGUACAUGUCGGCUGUUAUCAGAAAUCCAGUUUUAAAUUGUAAAGUUGUCUGUUACGUUCACAAUAGGUAGAUGCUGUUUGAAAGACAUAAUUUCAACCUGAGAGAAAAAGAAAUAUGGUAAAUGUAAUUUACAAUGUAAUUUAUGCUCUACCUGUUUCAGGUCAAGGCAAUGUCCAACCAAAGCAGGUUGCCGAUGCAAUGUUGGAUGCAGUGAUUGAUGUCUUGAGCCAAAACACGUCCACCACCCUGAAGACAAUUCGGAUUGUUAUCUUUCAGCCGCCUAUGUUAAAAGACUUUUUUAGCAGUAUGCAAGAAAGAGAGGCAAGACCAGCUGCAACUGAACCUCCUAAAGACAAAGGAUGGUCCUUUAAAAGUUUCACGAGCAAACUUGCAUGUGAGUAUGAAGCAGAAUGUGUAACUCCACCAGCUUCCUUGUUCAAAAUCAGAGAGCCCAUUGCCAAUAAACAUGUUUUUUUUCUUGUAGCACUCAUUGGCGGUGGCACUAAUAAUCCACAGAAAGCAGGGGAUUUUGUUAUUGACCCUCUGCUAGUGGACCCUGCAUGCUUCCACAUCUGCAGUGACUCACAGGCCAAAGUAAACUCAGCCAAGAAGUGGAUCAACGACCUGAUUGACAAAGAGUACAUCACUGACGACAUUUUAGACACAGGCAUCCUAAAUCUGUCUGAUGCAGAUCGCCAACAGAUUGCUGACAUCCAGAAGACCAAGAAGGUGAGUAUAAGGAUCCAAAGCAAGAACAACCAAGCAUCGAUCACCAUAGAGGGGCUCAGCAGCAAUGUUUACAAAGCCAGUAAAAUGAUCAAUGAGAUGUUGAAGAAGACCAGAGAGGAGGAGGACCUAAAGAACAAGGUGGCACUGGCAGGAGAAGUAGCAGACUGGCAGUACCAGCAGGCAGGGCUUCAGUUCCAGAGUUUAGACCUGAUGAGCAACUUCAAACUGGAGCAAGCGUUGAAAAAGAAUCAACCAAGUGUAAAAGUGACGGUUCAGGGUCAGGAUUACACCGUCACAAUGCCAAGUGGACCUGCAACUGACAGCAAGGGACAAACCCUCCAGAUAAAACGGAUCGACAAACUUAAAGGUAUAUCAUCUCGCAUGUGUGCUCUGAUAACUGUGUUAGCUUUCAUAACCCUGUCUCAGAGUGCUGCUUGAAAUCAAUGAUAAUAUGAAAUGGUACUUUUUUUUUUUUUACUUUGAGGAAAAUUUAAAGUGGGUCAAAAACCCAAGUUUGUGUCAAGUAAGCUGGAGAAAUGUAAGCGUAAUCUUUGAACUGCUUGUGUUGGUACACAUUAUAAGAUAGCUGCAGACAAAUAUACUUAAACAAAAUAAAAUAUUGUUUAUCAUUGUGAUAAAUAUUUGAUACUUGAUAAUUUAUGUCUUUUAUCUAGCUGAAGACAUUCCUGAUUUCUGGGACUCCAUGCCAGCCGACAAAUCCUGUCUAGCGGUCACCCUCCAGCCGGGGACUCAAGAGCACAAUGAAAUCCUGACUUUGUUUCAAGCUUCAUGCAAACUCGCUGUCAUAAAGGUAAUGGACAGUAUCUUCUCCAGGUUUUUUUUUCUUUCUGAGGCAGGCUCUCGAACCUGCUCUUAAACUGCUGAACUCUCAAACUGAUGAGUAUCGUGUCCUCUUACUGUGGAAGCUUGAGUCAUUUUUCACCAGAAAACACCCCUCAGAAACCAAUGUCAGGACUAAAGAAAGGAGAAGAGAGAAGUGAAUGUGAUCCAUUUAAACCAAAGGAAAACUCAUAAAGCCAUGUUUCUGAUGCUCUCUGUGAAGACGAUAAUAUAUUUACUAUUUGUUCUUUAUUUUUUAAGAUUUUUAAGAUCUUUUCCCAUUUGAUGGUACUUAAAUUUUUUCUUAAAUAUUCAUUAACACUCAAGGCAGCAGGGCAAUCACUGGCUUCAGUGAAAUGAGAUCUUUUUGUUGCCAUACAACUAUUGUUAUUUACCAUCCAACCAUCCAGGUUUAAAGUGCUUUUUUUCUCUCCUUAGAUUCAGAGGAUCCAGAAUCCAGUGUUGUGGAAGAGUCUCCAGAUAAAGAAGCAUGACAUGGAGCAGAGGAACAAACACCAGAAUAAUGGGAAACGUCUCUUUCACGGCACCAGCGAAGACACUGUGGACCACAUCAAUGAGCACGGUUUUAACAGGAGUUAUGCUGGAAAGAACGGUGAGAAGAUGUUAAAUCUGACACUUUAUCAAUUUUUACUAUAAUCCCAAAGACAUUAAAAAGAUCCAAAUCCCAUUUUUUCCUGAAAAAAUGAAGGUUCAAAGUUCUCUCAGAGAUUAUCUGAAUAUCUUUCUGCUUCUCUUCAUUUUCUCCAGCUGCCUGUUAUGGAAACGGCACAUACUUCGCUGUCAAUGCCAAUUACUCUGCCAGCAACACCUACUCUAAGCCAAACCAGAAAAUGGAGAAGUUCAUGUACCUCUGCCGAGUGCUGACUGGGGAAUACACCCUUGGCCAGCAAAACAUGGUUGCACCACCUCUUAAGAGUGGUUCUUCGGUUGAGAAGUAUGACAGUGUGGUGGACAAUGUGACCAAACCCAACAUGUUUGUUGUCUUCCAUGAUUCCCAAGCUUAUCCUGAAUAUUUGAUCAUGUUUAAGUAACACAUCUAUGCACCGACAUUACAAAAACAAAAAGCAGAAUCUUUAACACUGCCUCAGAACACUUUAGUCUGCACUUUUGAUUUGACUACUUUGACUGUAGAUGCUUGUUUUUAACUCAAAGCUGUCCUGUAAGGUAAGAGUGAUUUCCUGGAUUACAAACAACAAGUAUUGAUCAGAGGUUUCUUUUGAAAGUGUUAACCAUGCAGUGCCUUUAAUGAAUGUAGUGAACUAUGCAGAAUCAAACAAUGUAAAAAUUUGUUUUACCUUUAAUCUAAACAUGGUACUUACACUGAACAAUGAAAUCAGAGUCUACAGGGAGGCUGUAAGGCUUUUGGAAAGUACCUGCUCACUUCCAACAAGCCAUAUGAUGCAGUUUUUUAUUUUUAUUUUUUUUAUCAGGUUUACAAUUGCUUUGGCUUUUAAAAAAAAAAGAAAUUGAAAGUUAAAUGCCAGUCUGCACAAAUAAAAGUUAAGGGAAGCACA